UCGUUUUUUUUUUAAAUUAAUUGAAUUUUUUUUUACAGUUAUCACUGCAGGGCAGUUGUAUAACUAUUGCCAUUUUUUCCAUGAAAAAUGGAGACGGUACUCCGAUGGACUACUGCUGUCGGCCAAAUGGACUGAACUGGCGUUGUUGAUUCCAGAACUUGAUAUUGUAAUCUGACAUUUUGAACAAAAUUGUAUAGUUGCCUUUGUUUUUCCCAGGACUGAUAUUAAGCUAUGACUAUAUUGGGCAAGCCCCCCAAAAAAGUCUAGAGGAGGAUAGCGAGGAUAGUAUAAAAAAGGGCGUUCAUCACCUAUAAGGAGGUGUAUUAUUCGGUAUUAUUUUCUGUCCAAUUUUGUGUUGUUUCUCCUGUGAAAAGGUUGGGUUCAUUCAAGUCUUCACACACAAUCUAUAAAGACCGGGCCAUUGGAAUCGCGUGCGAUCCAUUGUGAACUAGUCCUCAUCGAGUAACAGUUAUACCUCUUGACUGCGCUCCAUCAGCACUCAUGGACGAACCUGGAUUUUAAAAAUCGUCGCUUUCAGGUGUUGUGCCAGCAGGUGGAUUACCAGUAGUUGUAGUUACGUGUUCUAUAGCCUACAAUACUAGGAUUGAAUUAGACAGAAAUCUUCCAGAUAAUGAAAAAAGUUAAUACACUGACAGCUUUGCAACGGAGGUUGACUAGCUUAUCCGGCGGAUGCCUAUUGGAUCCCCACGUCGAGUGCGGAUUCAACUCCAAAUAUUUCCCGGUUGACAGCGUCUUGAGGUUUAACCUGGUGGAAGAUCUCCUUCUCUGGCGGCAAGGAUACAGUUUACACUUGGAAGAAAACUUAAUGAAAGUUUUGAAGCCGGAAGAUAUGAAUAAUAUAGACACCAUGGUCACUGGCAUUUUCAUAUGUUUGUUUUCAAGAAGUUUCGCCAUUCUGGAACACUUUCGCAAUUUCGAAGACACGUUUGAAAAGUCCGCCAUCAUUUCGACGAUUUUGAGGACUGUAGCGAGGAAACACGGCCGCUAUUUAGACGUCAUUUCGUGUACAUUACUCAUGAAAAACUGGUUUUAUCCUAAUAAAAGUUGAAUGUGAAACUAAAAAUUCG